CACACAGUGUCAUUUCAGGCGAUUAUUAUGUGAUCACAAUUAUCUCGAUGCGUUGCAGUGGGUAUAAAAAGGCCUGAUGCAGUUUUAUGGUAAAUAUAUUAAUAUUCGCAUUGACUGAAAACAGGCAUCAUGUUCAAGAGCUUCUUCAUUUUGUUCGUUGUUGUGCUUCUUAUUGCCGGCGGCCUUGCCGAGGAUCAACAGGGUGGUGGUGGUGGAAGCGGAUUGGGAGGUGUAGGCGGCAGCUUCGGUGGCGGAUUUAGCGGCGGCUUUGGUGGUAGCGCCGGCGGCGGCGCGGGCGCAGGCUCUGGUGGUGCUCAAGGAUUAAAAUGAUGCUGUGCUCUGGCCCUCUAAAACACAAGUUAUUAACCACUACCUUCUGUAAUUAUGUAGUAAAAAAAUGUUAACUAACACAGUGUCCAAAAUAAAUAUGAAAUAAAAGA